CUGCCAGCAUCUGAUUAGAACCAUAUCUCUCCCUGGGAGUGGCUAGCUCCGCUCGGGAGUUUAGCGUACAACCGAGUAUUUAACCGGCCCGCAGGGCUGGCCAGUCCGCCCGGCGGAGGGUUUGGGGAGCAGUGGGGAAAGAAAUCAUGCUUGGAGCCGAAAGGAGCUAGUUUAUCACCUUGGAUUAUGUCCAUCUGAGAUUCCCCAAUUGUGAAUCCUCCUGGGAUCUCUAAGCAUCUCCUGGAGCCAGGGUUUGCAGCCAGCUUCCUCAAAAUGUCUGCUGAAGUAGAAACCAACAUGGCCAAUGGUCAGCCUGAUCAACAGGCAACCCCCAAAUCCUCAUCAAAAAAAGAAAAAAAGAAAGGAACAGAAAAAACAGAUGAAUAUCUCUUGGCCAGGUUCAAAGGUGAUGGAGUAAAAUACAAGGCCAAACUAAUUGGCAUUGAUGAUGUGCCAGAGGCAAGAGGGGAUAAAAUGUGUCAAGACUCUAUGAUGAAGUUGAAGGGAAUGUCAGUAGCUGCUCGGUCUCAGGGACAGCACAAACAGAAGAUCUGGCUGAAUAUUUCUCUCUCUGGAAUUAAAAUAAUUGAUGAGAAAACUGGGGUGAUCGAGCACGAACAUCCCGUAAACAAGAUCUCUUUCAUUGCCCGAGAUGUGACAGACAAUAGGGCUUUUGGUUAUGUGUGUGGAGGAGAAGGACAACAUCAGUUUUUUGCCAUAAAAACUGCACAGCAGGCAGAACCAUUAGUAGUUGAUCUUAAAGACCUUUUUCAAGUCAUCUAUAAUGUCAAGAAAAAGGAAGAAGAAGAUAAGAAAAAGACUGAAGAAGCCAACAAAGCAGUUGAGAAUGGGAAUAAAGACCUGCUCACACUUGAUUACCCAGCUAGCAAAAUGAAAUUGGGUGUUGACCAGAUGGAUUUGUUUGGGGACAUGUCCACACCUCCUGACCUAAAUAGUCCAACAGAAAGCAAAGAUCUCCUGUUAGUGGAUCUAAACUCUGAAAUUGACACCAAUCAAAAUUCUCUAAGAGAAAAUCCCUUCUUAACCAAUGGCAUCACUUCCUGCUCGCUUCCUCGACCAAAGCCCCAGACACCUUUCUUGCCUGAAAAUGCUUUUUCUGCCAAUCUCAACUUCUUUCCCACCCCUAAUCCUGACCCUUUCCGUGAUGAUCCUUUCACCCAACCAGACCAAUCGACACCCUCUUCAUUUGAUUCUCCCAAACCUCCAGAUCAGAAGAAAGAGAAUCUGAAUAGCUUCUUACCACUUCCACUGAGUAAUGGGUCUCUGAAUGGCGAUUUUGAUUACUUUGGGCAACAGUUUGACCAGAUUUCUAAUCGAACUGGGAAACAGGAGCCUCAGACAGGCCAGUGGCCCUUUGCAAGUUUGCAAACCCAGCCUGCAAUAAGAACUCAGAAUGGGGUACCUGAAAGAGAACAAAAUGGCUUUAUCACAUCUUCCCCCAAUUUUUUUGUGGGGAGCCCUUCCAAAGGACUGUCACUACCCAACGGAAUAAAGCAGGACACAGAAAACUCUGCCCAGUUCUCACCACAUGAUUCCAUAACAAUUAUCCCACCUCCACAAAGUACCAAACCUGGAAGAGGCAGAAGGACUGCUAAGUCUCCAAUGAAUGAUAUAUUUGGGUCAGAUCUUUUUGCCGCUCCUACCACAGAAUCUCCAUCUCAGAUUUCACCAACAGGACAACCUACAGUCUUGCAGAACAAUCCUAUGGACCUCUUCAACACUAAUGCUCCAUCCUCAGUGGGUUCCCUGACUGGUCUAGGUGGUUUACCAGUAUCAACACCUCAGACAGGACCAUGGAACCCACCAUCAUUAGUUUUCAACCAGUCCACCUCAGUGCCCAUGAUGAGUUCUCAGCCUUCAGGAUUUAGUCAGCCUCUUACCUUUAAUACAAACCCAACAGUCUCAGGCUGGGAUCAGCCAACAUCCUAUGGAGCCCCAACAUCACCCUCAUCCCCUCCUCUCUGGGGCUCUACCACAAAUGUGCCAGCUAACACAUGGCCAGCACAAGCCUCCUUGGGGAACCCUUUUCAGAGCAACAUAUUCCCAACAGCAGCCUCACCUGGCCAGCAAUCUUCUGUGCUUAUCUCAGGCUCACCACCUCAGCCCCCUCCCAGAACUGUCCCACAGAAGGAUAUCUCUUGUGAUGCCUUCACUGCUUUAGAUCCACUUGGGGAUAAAGAAAUCAAAGAGGUGAAAGAAAUGUUUAAGGACAUCCAGCUGAGGCAGCGACCAGCAGUGCCAGCAAGGAAGGGGGAGCAAGCAUCCUCUGGGGCCUCAGGAGCCUUCUCCAGUUACUUCACUAGCAAAGUUGGAAUUCCACAAGAAAGUACAGAGAAUGAGGAAUUAGAUGCUAAUCAGUUGUUGGCCAAGAUAAAUGAAGCACCAAAGCCAGCUCCCAGGCAAAGCACCCCUUUAGCUUCCAAGCCAGUGGAAAGUUCAUUUGAGAACCUUUUUGCAAAAGAUCCUUUCCGUUCUCCAUUGCAAUCACCCACUGUGCCUCAACAGCCAACAUCUUCUCAUCUAUAUGGGGAUCCUUUUGGAAAUCGAUUUGCAUGACUUCUGAUUUUGGUGCAUUCCCUAUCAAGAUGAACAAAAAGGUUGGCCGCAUUUGCCAAGGACAGAGCUACUAGUGGGACAACUUCUUGUUGCAAGCUCCAGCUUCAACAUUCAUUACCUUUUGCCUUAUUCGUUGAUGGCUUUUUUUUUUUUACUUAUAGAGAUAUCUUUUCACUUUUUGCCCAGACAUAAAGCUAAGCUUCAAAGCUGUGGCUUGAAACAUAAGAUAUAAGAACCUGACCUUCCAAAUCUGAAAACAAGUGAAGUCAAGAGAAUUUCUCCAAUGUGGGGAGGUGGGGAUAGGAGAGUGUGUCCCCUUGAGUCCUCCACCUUUACUUUCCCAAAACACUUGGCAUCUCACAAAGGAUAAAUAUUAAAUAAUACCAUCUGAAUACACACUCCUUCCAGAACUUUUGCUCUGCUAACAAGUUUGGAGUUACCUUCACUUAAGGUUUAGAAUUUGUAUGGGUUUUUUUUCUUUAUUUUUUUCAAAGGCUUACAAAUUCAUGGUUAUAGGACUGAGCAUUUAUUAAAAAAUAAGACAAAAUCUUGCUUUUCUUCUCCUCUUCCCUUUCUUCUCUAAUGAUGUGAUGAAGUAAACUAAAACAAGUCCUUCAACCACUGAUAGAUAUUUGUUGUCACAUUCCACAUCUCCAGACCUCCCUUUUCAAAAGAUGGGAACCCUUUUUGAAGCUCACUUUUGGGAAAUUCUCCCUGUCCUUAUUGCAGGAUUGACUUUGUUUUUUUCCCUCUGACCCAAAAGCUAUAACAAAUAGUGGAUAAGCAUGUUGGGGGGAAGGUAGCUUUUUCUCCCCCAAACCUACCCUCACCCCCAAAACAUUCACAAUAUGACCCACUUCCUAAAGUUUCACUUACUUUGACCUAACACUAUCACUUUCACCCAUUUGCAGAGCUGGCAAAAUUCUUUGGGUUUAUGGGAAAACAGUCUCUUUACCAAAUCACAGGUCUCACACGGUUUUGCUGCCUUUUGGUUAAGAGAGAGUGUGGUCACUUCAUCACAGUCACUCACCUAGUAGGCACAUACUUUUUUUCCUUAACUGAAUAAGAGGCCACCACCUUGAAUUCAAGCUCCAGAAUCCAAACCUUUUGAUAACACUUUUCAGUGAGCCUGCUAGAAGUCUACUCAGCAUGGAGGUAUUGUACUCAGUCCAUUUAUUAAAUGAAGUGAUUGACCCAAAAGCCUCUGGAGUUUUUGGUGGUUACAUUGGACCCUUUGAAGCAACUAGGGAACUUUCUUCAAACAACAGGCUAGAGAUUGGUAAAGACAAAAUAAAAAUGAUUAGAAGAUGUCCAGAACCUGAAGUAUCUGAAGAUAUUGGUUAUAAUCAUGGUUAUAUCGACCUUUUUUUUCCCUCUUUUUGAAAAACCAAAAACAAACUUGAACACUUUCCCGGUAUAUUUUGUAUCUCUACUUUUAGCACAAUUAUGAGAGUGAAUUUUUGCCAAAAUGAGUUUUGUAUUACAUGUGUGUUUUUGUUUUUCUUGUCUUUGACCCUUAACUCUCAGGUUCUUGUGGGUGCUAAACAUCCACAUUCAAUGUUAAUUUUGGGUGGAGGAAAAGGAUACCUGCCUGCAGUGUCAACCAGCUGGUAGACUCAUGCACCUCUAUUGAUUUAACCCUAAGCCCUAAAUAAUUGUCUAAGGUAAAGUUAGGGUGACAUGUCUAAUGAUAAUAGCUGAUCAAUGUAUAGGCUUAACCUUUCUGUCUGACUUUCUGCUCAACCAUUUAUAAAUAUGAACUUGAAAUAGUAUUUUAAUGUCCAAAUACUUAAACUUGUGCUAAAACUGGAGACAAUUAUUUGUAGGUAACUGGGAUUUUUGAAAGUAAUUUCUUGAAACUGAAUUUCAGCCACACAUGUCCUGUACAGAUCUGUUUUUCUCCUGUGCACUUUUCUGUAAUACAAAUAAAGCUAUGAAUUUACUACAUCUCAAUAAACUGGAAAUGCAGAA